AUGGAAGUCAAGGUCGAGGACAUGAGAGAAGAAAGGGACAGCCUCAAACUUGUUGUCUCUCUUUUGGGUAAAGACUUAUAUACAAGCCUGAAAUCAGAAAAAGAGAAAGCUUCAGUGGAACCGUCACCCAUGGCUGCAGCGCCUUUGCCGAACAGCAAUAGCAAUAUUGGCAAGCAAUCUGCAGAUGGAACAGGGAAAUCAAAGAAAAGUCGAUCUAAAGCUUCUAAACGUAGAUCUGCUAAUACGCAACCAGCUAGAUCAGAUUCUGCCGGAGAAGGGACCCCGACUUCCAUUGGAUCUUGUGAAAAUCAGUCAGAGGAGAUCGCAAUGCAAAGAAGACAAAAUGUUGUUAUUGCUGGUGAUUCCAUAAUUAAUUUCGUCAAGGGUCGGGAAUUAUCUGACGCGUCGAAACGUGUAACGGUAAAGUCCUUCUCAGGCGCAACCGUGGAAGACAUGCAUGAUUAUGUGAAACCAAUCCUGAAGAAAAACCCAGACACACUGGUACUGCAUAUUGGUACAAAUGAUCUUCGGAAUUCUGAACCACAAGAAGUUGCAAAUGCCAUCACUGACUUAGCGCGCAAGAUAGAGAGUGAAGCCACCCAUGAUGUAAAUAUUGCCGUAAGUGGGCUUACUACAAGGUCUGACUCGAGUGAUCUGGCUAACAGGGAUGACCAACCAUUUGUUGAACUAAUGAAUAGAUUCCGUGCAGCAAGUCAAACUGUAGAAGAUAUCAAGUGCAUCCAGUCAAGAGCAAUAGAUCAGUCAGACAGCAGUAAUUACCCUUCAGACGCCCUCCACAUCUGGGCUGUAAAUGAACAUAACACAAUGAAACUAGAACAAAUACCUAAAGCACAAUUUCAUUUGAGAGCCAUUGAUCAGUAUCCCCCAAAUGUUUCACAACAGGACAUAAAUACAGUCUUAGCCAGACCCAGAUCAGAGACAGGUGGACUUGAUUCAGAUAUAUAUCUUAAAGAGACUGCUAGAGUAAUGUUAACAACGAAUAUUGAUAUUGCAGACAGAUUAAUUAAUGGUCAAUUAGGAACUGUUGUUAAAAUUUGUGUUAAUCAAAUGAAUCAAAAGCCUAAUAUCAUUAACAUUAGAUUUGAUGAUAAAAGAGCUGGCAGCAGUCUACUACAAAAGAGCAAUGACCUUUACGCCAGAGAAAAUAGAGUUGUACCAAUACAGCCGGUACUAGUGAAAAUCAAAGUGCGACCAAAUAAACCAUCAUCUUCUGAGAUACAGAUAUUGCAGUUUCCAUUAACGUUAGCCUAUGCUGUUAGCAUUCACAAGGUACAAGGUUUGUCACUCACUGAUGUUGUAAUUAGCUUUGUGUUGUUUAAACAGAGAUCAUACAAUUAAGGUCAAGUGUAUGUUGCAUUGAGUCGUGCAACCUCUCUAAAUGGUAUUUAUGUUCUUGGGUCCCUUGAAAAUAAACAUAUUAAGGCAAAUCCUAAAGUACAUGAGGAAUAUGAACGACUAAGAAGAAUUGAUAAUACAACCAGUCCUUCAAUGCAAGCAAAUGUAGAUCUCUAUCCAAACACAGCAUUGACAUCAAACAUGACUUAAAUAUCAAUAGCAGUGAUAUAAUAGCAUUAACAGAGACACAGCUACUGCCUUAUACUAAUUGCAGUGAAAUAGAAAGUAACCUUUAUCCAUUCAUACUUUAUAGGCAAGAUCACUUCACUGAUAGAUUCUGUAGCAUGGCUCUUUAUACAAGAAAUGCUAUUGAGGUACAUGGACAUGAGUACUACCCUAAUGUGAAUGCCAUGAAGUUUACAAUUGGAAAAAGUCCCACUUAUACUAAUGUAACAAUACUACUGCUUUACCGAAAAAACAGCACAAACAUCUUGCAAUAUGUAGAGCAUCUGAAAAUCAUACUGAAUAGUAGUACUAUCGAUAUUGUCAUGGGGGAAUUAAAUAUCAAUUAUUUUAAUGAUGAAAGAAUUGAACCACUCAAAUUACUAAUGCAAUCUCUAGACUACACACAAAUUAUAAAAUGUCCAACAUUUGUUACAGCAGGAAGCUUGAUAGACCAAGUCUAUAUCAAACCAAAGUUUUAAGAAGUGCAAAACUCUAAAGCCACUUUUUAUUAUUCUGAUUAUGACGCUGUAAAGAUUUUAGUCAAAUUAUAAUUAGUUUUAAAUAUGUGAUCAAGAACUUAAAACAAAACUCUGAAAUGUGACUUUUCUUUAAAAUGUUUCUUACUAGUGCUUUAUCUACAGUAGUAAACAAAACAAGAGCUGUACUGCAUACAAGUCCUGAUACAAUAAUAACUAUUGGUCGUAUAUGACAUAUUAUCUUGAGUGGAUGGGAGAGGGGUUGGGGACUGGAUAACUACCAUCAUCAGCAGUCAUUUCUAAAGUUAAGGUGAGUACUAGCUCCUCAUUAUGAAAGCAUUGUUUAAGUCAGGCGAACGGACAAAUGCAUCCAACUACAGACCGAUUUCUAUUCUACCUACACUUAGCAAGAUCCUAGAAAGAGCAAUACACUCACAAUUGUAUCAAUUUUUGGUCUCCAAUGGUUUACUCUCGAGCAAGCAGUUUGGUUUCAGAAAGGGUCUAUCUACGGUAUCUGCGCUGUCAUCAUUUGUCGACGAGGUUCUGUUGAAUAUGGAACAGGGUAAGCUGUGUGGGGCCGUGUUUAUCGAUCUAACAAAGGCCUUUGACACAGUGGACCAUGAAAUCAUGUUGCAGAAAUUAACUGAGAUCGGUCUAUCUGGAAACCCCCUGGCAUGGUUCCGUUCUUAUCUGGCCAGCAGAACACAGCGCACAUGUUGCGGUAAUUCAUUGUCCGAGGAACUUCCAGUCACUCACGGGGUGCCCCAAGGAAGCAUCUUGGGCCCGUUGCUGUUUGUCAUCUACAUAAACAGCUUGCCCGAUGUUUUGGAGUCCUGCUGUGCCUCUCUUUAUGCGGAUGAUACUGUGAUCUACUGUUAUGGUUCUUCCUCUAAGCAGUUGAGCGAUAACCUCAAUCAAGAUCUUUUGGCCGUUGCUAAAUGGAUGGACGAUCACAAGCUAACAC